GCCCUAGGGCGCGAGUUCCGUUCCUCUGUACACUUCUUCCAAUCUUCUCAUACAACGCUUAGCAUCUUCUGAUGGCGGACCAAGAACAGCCAGAGCACGCAAUGGAUACGACCCGAUCCGCGUUCCCAACGGUUCGAGUCAAGAAAAUCAUGAAGCUCGACAAGGACAUCAACAAGGUCAACAAACAGGCACUACUCCUAAUCUCUCGUUCCACCGAGCAAUUUCUCCGAUUCCUCACCGAGAAAUCUGCAGAGGCCGCAAAGGAGAAGAAGCGAAAGACGAUCAAACUUGAGCAAGUGCGAAUCGCCGUUAAAAGGCACCGGCCAACGAGCGAUUUUCUCCUCGACUCACUCCCGGCGCCAACCCAGCCAUCGGAUCGGCCGGCGACGGAUAAGACCCAUACUCGGUCAACCGCUGAAAAGCGGGCACCUCCCGGUACUCGCCGAAUUGAUCAUUUCUUCUCUAAGCCCGAAAGUGAAGCUCCGGUUCAAACAAACGAACCCUAAAUUGUCUUUCAUUUUCCAUUGUCAUUUUGUGGAAUUUAAGUUCCAUCUGUUGUGAUUAUAGAAUGGCUAGAUUUAAUUCGAAAUCAAACUUGCAAUUCAA